CCGCCCCGCUCCCCUGCGCCCCGGAAGUGCUCUGCGGCCGCUGCUGCAGCGCGGCCAGGAGGAGGGUGGAUCUCCUGAGAGUGGAGUGCCGCGAGUCCUCCUCCUCCUGCCGCUCAGGUGCUGCCGCCGCCCGUCGUACUCAUCCUUCUGUCGCUCGCAGCGCGGAGCCUCCCAGACAACAAGGGCCGAAACAACUCUCCGGCCGAAGCCAGCUCAACCGCGGCUUCGGGAGCCCUCGGGGCGGCGGACCUGCGGGGUGCAGAUUCUUCUUAAUCUUUGGUGAAAACUCUGCGCCGAGAAGAUGGCUGCAAAUAAGCCCAAGGGUCAGAAUUCUCUGGCUUUGCACAAAGUCAUCAUGGUGGGUAGUGGUGGUGUGGGCAAGUCGGCUCUGACCCUUCAGUUCAUGUAUGAUGAGUUUGUAGAGGACUAUGAGCCUACCAAAGCAGACAGCUAUCGGAAGAAGGUAGUACUGGAUGGGGAAGAGGUGCAGAUAGAUAUCCUGGAUACAGCUGGGCAGGAGGACUAUGCUGCAAUUAGAGACAACUACUUCCGGAGCGGGGAGGGCUUCCUCUGCGUCUUCUCUAUUACAGAAAUGGAAUCCUUUGCAGCCACAGCUGACUUCAGGGAGCAGAUUUUACGAGUAAAAGAAGACGAGAAUGUUCCAUUUCUGCUGGUUGGUAACAAAUCAGACUUAGAAGAUAAAAGGCAGGUUUCUGUAGAAGAGGCAAAAACCAGAGCCGAUCAGUGGAAUGUUAACUAUGUGGAAACAUCUGCUAAAACGCGAGCUAAUGUUGACAAGGUAUUUUUUGAUUUAAUGAGGGAAAUUCGAGCCAGAAAGAUGGAAGACAGCAAAGAAAAGAAUGGAAAAAAGAAGAGGAAAAGUUUAGCCAAGAGAAUCAGAGAAAGAUGCUGCAUUUUAUAAUUAAAGUCCAAACUCCUUUCUUAUCUUGACCAUACUAAUAAAUAUAAUUUAUAAGCAUUGCCAUUGAAGGCUCAAUUGACUGAAAUUACUUUAACAUUUUGGAAAUUGUUAUGUAUCACUAAAAGCAUGAAUUGGAACUGCACUGAAAGUCAAAUUCACUUUAAAAAGAAAUUAAUGUGGCUUCACCAAGAAGCAAAGUUCAGCUUCUUUCAUAAUUGCCUACAUCCAUCAUGGUCCUGAAUGUAGCGUGUGAGCUUGUGUUUUGUGGGCAGUCUUUCUUGAACUGUUAAAGAGGUGAGGUGGGGGUGGGAAUGGGAGGAAAGGCUACUUCCUCUGGUUUAUUAUAAAGCUUAAAUUUUAUAUCAUUUUUAAAUGUCUUGGUCUUCUACUGCCUUGAAACAUGACAAUUGUGAACAUGAUCGUUAAACUGUACCACUUUUUUUAACCGUUGUUAUGCAAAAUAUAGAAGAAAAAGCUGUUAGCAUGAUUGUUGCAUAUAGUUAAUGGAGAGUAAUUCAUCUGUGAACCUGCAUUAAUUACCUGGUAAUUAACUUAGAAAAGUGGUGUAAACUUGUAUAUGGGAAUUUUUGAAUAUGCCUUAAUUUAGAAGCCGAAAAAUAACCAGUUACGUCAUUCUGGGCGUGUCCUCACUGGUGCCUCGAGCCCAUUGCUCUGUGUGUUCUGGUGAGAAAAUGUAUGUUUGAUAGUGGAGUGCAACUUUUGUACAGAAGAUGCUUGAGAAGUAACUGUCUGCUAGGAGUCUGUCCAAUUUAAAAUGUGUGCCAUACUCUGGUUCUUGAAAGUAAGGUUCCAGAGCUCCUUGAUUGCUUUUAAUUAACUUGAAGGGCCAGCAUAAACUUGUAAGAUAGCUUUAGACUCUGAAGAUUCAGUUGUGCAGUGAACCCUUUUUCUUUAAGAUGCUGGUCCCUGGAAAUCCCUUUCUGCCAGUAGUGAGCAUAUGUUAGUAAGUUUUUUAUCUUUUUGGAGCAAGGCACAGGAAAAUCAGUAGUGCUAAUGUAUUUUGCACUAGAACACUUCAGGAAAAUAUUCAUGCUUGCCACCUACUAAUUUCUAAAUCUGUACUCAUGAGCUUAUAGUUUGGCUAUAUGGGAGUUAUCAGAGUAUCUGUAGUCUGUUUGUGUUCAUAUUGAAGAACACUGUAGCUACAUUUUCCUAAAGUUAUAUCAGGCAGUCAAACCUGAGUAUAGUGCAGAAAACAUGUUUGGCAUACACAGACCAAACAUUAGGCCCAUGUCACCAUUGUGUGGUGCUCACUGGGAAAAUUCUAGCACAUUAUCUGGAAACAUAAUGGGAAAUACCCCACUGUCAGAUUUUUCUCUUCUUCCUCAAAAUGGAGCUAGGACAGUUGAUUCAACAGUUUUUCUUUUCUCUUAUUUCUCAACAAGUAAAAUUUAUGAUCAGGCAUUCCAGGUAACAGGUGUGUAUGUAAAGUCAACAAAAAUAGGCUUUUUAGGAACUCAGCUCUAGAUAGUACAUCUGGAUUGUCAUGUUAAGUAUUUGUCCUCAAAGGGUUUGAGAUGCACAUCUUUCAUUUCAUAUUUUUCAUAGGCUAUGCCUUGUGCGGAAUUAGUUAUCAGUGUAACAUGGGCCCUGCGGGCCCAGCUAUAUCUCCAUGUGUACCCAUUGCAGUCUUAUUUAACCAGGGGGCCUAACCACUAACAUUGUGAUUUUUCUUUGCGACCUUUCCUCUCCUGGGUACUGAGGUGCUAUGAAGCCAACUGACAAAGAUGCAUCACAUGUCUUAGGCUGAUGCCACUACCCUAUUGGUUUGAAAUUUGAGCCAUUUAAAGACCAAUAAAAUUCCUUUUUUUAAA